AUGACGACGGCACUUCCUCCACUCCCCACGCCCGCCUGCUAUUCCCAGCAACUUCAUUCUGAUCAGAACUUUGAUCUCAGCUUUGUCUGCAAUGAUGGAAGAAAAUAUCCCGAACAGGAGAUCGAAGAGGCUCUGUACUACGCCGACGACCACUGGCGUAUCUACCUCAACCUGACCUCCACCUGCUUCCAGGACCAAGACACAUACUUCUUGAACAAACACUCUGAGCCCAAAUACUACAACCUGAAGAGCGUGUGCAACACCACCCGCACCAUGGUCCACACCGUCUACGCCGUGGACGGUCAAGUCUGCCAUGUUGUUCAUCCUCACCAACAGAAGGUGUACUACGCCACAUGCGGAGGAGAAUGUAACCUUGGCUACGACGGUGUGACCGGCUACCACUGCAUUCAACGCGGCGUCACCCACCGCAACUUCCUGGGUUACUGCCGUUUCCCCGACCCCGCAAUCUUCCCCGAAACUGACCCCAUCUACGCUCUUGACCCCUCCGUCGACAACUUCUACGAUCCCCGUGCUGUCCCACCCACCUACCGCAUGCAGCACAACCUCCUCCAGAACGGGGCCAAGUACCAACCCAAGGGCUACUUCACGGAGCUGAGCGUUACCCUUCCCAGCUACUGUGGCUGCAGGGGAUAUUUCUGUCCCCAUGACAGGAUUCUUUAAAUGAUAAUUAUAUUUACGGGGCCGACACAAAAGGAACAUGAAUCAAUCUUCAAACAUUUCAGUUUUCACAAGUAGUGACACUAUGUAUUAAAGACCUAUAAACGUUUUAGGAAUUUUAGACUUCUUUUCAGAUAUAUUGGAAUUCUAGCGGUUUUUGGCACUCAAAAAAUUGUUUUCAAAUUAUGUUUCUCUCAAACUGAUUUUUUCGCACUUUAUAGCACUAUGUAGUUUUGGUCUGAAGUUGCCAUAUACGUGAAUUGUAAAUAUUUUGCGAAUUCCAUGUAAAUAUGUAUGUGUUCUAUCUUUGUACAGUGUAAACAGACAUCAUCAUUGAUUGUGCGCGCAUGUAUAUAAUGUACAGAUGUAAAUAUGUGAAAAUUAAAGCAAUAUGAAUAUA